AUGAGUGGGACUCUAUAUAACUCCCCUGAACUGGCUCGGAGCGCUCUGCAUCCUCAUGAUUUCCCUGUCAGCGCGGCUCCCACUGCUCCUCUAUCACCUCCGUCCGAAGAAGGUACUCCAGAUCUUCUUACUGUGUGGACCAAGCUAGGCGCACGCGACUUUCUGGACAUGUCGACGCCGUCUGGCCAGUCGCCCACGCUGCAUGAGCUGAACUCCGACCCGUAUCUCUCUGCACCGUCCGAUCCCGAGGAAAGCGACUUUCAUGCUAGCGCUAUUCGCUUAACUCCGGUCGGUGGGAGUCCAAAUCACAGUUCGCCGAACGAAAGUCGACGCCCGUCGAUCCAGUCGCAGACUCACUUGGGUCGCGAACAUGAAUAUACAUCGUCGAGGCCGAGCACGUAUCUUGUGCCGUCGGACAUCGAGCUGGUGAACGGCUCUGAUUCUUGGCAAACCGAGGUCACCUCAUCCUUCAGUGGAGGCGUAACGGCUCCAGCCGAAGAUACAGGACGGCCAUCGGCGAUAGGCGUGAAUACCUCGCAUUUGCUCAGCGCAGAAAAUACGAUGCCGAGUCCGAUAUCUGCAUCGGGCAGUUUGACUGUCCCGGGUAGUGCCACUACCAUGCGUGGAUCUUUUGCGACUCCUCAGCCGGGCCUCGGUAUCUCUAAUACGACAUACGGUCCUCCGGGGCUCACAAUUUCCACCGAUCGCCAGUCAAGAGAUGAUUUGACCUCGCCUUCGCCAAGAGGAAGAAGCCCUAUCGUCAUGGUCAGUAAGGUGUCGCGGGGAGAUUCCCCCGUUACUCAUCAAAGACGUCCAAGUAGGUCAACAGUGCAUCUCUCCCCGGGAGACAUGUCUAGUGAAUCUGGCCAUGAAGACGAUUACAGCGACGUGCGAUCGGUUGGCUCACUCUCUGUGGCACGAACCCAUAACGGCAACUGGAUUCCUAAUUCCACCACCGGUCUUGGAGGUCUCGAUCCUAUAUCCCGGGGGGAUGAGCUUGUGCCGAGCCCGAAUGAUCUCAAGAGUCAGCGCGAGCGCGAGCAGAAGAACGAAUCCAUUUCAAUAUGGACCGAAACCGUGAGCGUGGCGAGCAGUGAGGUGGGUGACGAGCCUCCUUUGACUCGACAGAAAUCUCCAGCAACUAGGACGCGCCGAGCGCGGAGUACUGGUGAUCGUCCUUUUCAGCAGGAGGACUAUUUCAACUUACAGUUUACUUCUACCAAUCGACCCGUGCUAGGACCCGGAGUCAAGGUAUAUGAGAGCAGCGAGGAUGAAGUUCCUGGAGAGUCCGACGAAGCCGAAAGCAUUCGUGCUGAGUCUCCUGCCGCUGAUGCAACUCAGCUCAACCGGAACGAUCGCUCAACACCUGAAAUAUAUCAUUCGCUUGAACAGACGGACUCCUGCGGGAACUUCUGUCUUUACCCCUGGCAGGAUAUUCCACGCGACUCAACACCCAGGGCCGAAGUGCUGCAACCGGGAAGUUCCAGCGCCGCCAUGGUGGCAUUUGAGAAGCGUGCGCGAGACCUGGAGACGGCAUCACUAACGGCGACCAUUGACAACAACAGUAUCAUCAAUUUCGGGAUGACCUUCGACAGAUUAUCCAUCAAUGAUCAACCCAAAACCAAGGAGAGACGGAGUAACAGUCUUCUAAAGCGUCCUUUCUUCCAGCAGGCGUCCUCAAAACUAAAGCGUCAAGCGUCUGAUCUUUCAAUUUCCACCGUCCACACUGCUGCUCAACAACCCCCUCAAGAGCCCCAGCGCAAAGACAGCGGUUCACACCGUCACAGGCUGAGCUUGUCAUCUAGAUCGCAUAAACACACGCGCUCCCCUAGCCUGACAAAUGCUCUUAUGUCUAUGUCGGGUCAAAUGGCGGCCAUUGGAGGAAGUCACUCAGUUCAAGCCGUAUCACCCAAUCCAGAAGCGAGCUCUAUGAGCCUCCCCAAGAGCCGUGUCCGAAGCCGAAGCGAGGUUCCCCGGCCUGUCACGCCGGGUUUGAUGGAUCUCAUGACCACCCAUGGUGGGCCCCCAGUCGCUGGUCUAUAUCGCUCUCCCAUGUUGGAGGUGGGAGCUGAGCCAGCAAGUGCAGCUCCAAGACCCAACACUGCCGGCGCGGAAGAUGAAGACGAAAUUGACAUGAUCGAUGACAAGGGCCAGGUGAUGGACUUCCUACCUGUCUCUAGCCUGCCAGUGCCUACAUUUGAAGGAUUUAGGGCGCAGAUCAUGCAACUUAGUCCACGGCUCGAGCCUGCUCUAAUCCAUCGGUUUGCGCAGGCACAAGUGCGUCGUUAUAGGCAUCUGGUAGAAUUGCAACAAAAGCACUCGGUUGCUGUUGCCAAUCACUCAUGCAAGGCUGGUAAAUUUUGCUUUGCUCAAGGAGGCGAGGCGUCUUGGCCAUCCCAGCGCCCUGCUGACACCCAGGCUGGACAAACCCGAUUCCGGGUUGCUGACCAUAGCACUAGCCACGGCCGCGACCAGCCUUACAUUCUAGGUGAGGGAGCUAUUGCCGCGGCUCAAUUUCCUCCUGGUGUACCUCUUCCACCUGUCGAUCGUCUACCCGCCGAAUUCGAAUGCCCGAUUUGCUUUGAAGUCAAGAAGUUCUACAAGCCAUCUGACUGGUCCAAACACGUCCAUGAAGAUGCGCAGCCCUUCACGUGCAGCUUCCCUCAGUGUAAUGAACCCAAAUCAUUCAAGCGCAAGGCAGACUGGGUUCGGCAUGAGAAUGAGCGACAUCGACAACUUGAAUGGUGGACCUGCUCCAACUCCGAGUGCAGCCACACCUGUUAUCGCAAGGACAACUUCGUCCAGCAUCUAGUGCGGGAGCAUAAGAUGCUCGACCCUAAGGCAAAGAAAACCAAAGGAUCGGCAGACGCAGGCGACGGUUUAUCUGACAGCAUGUGUGAACGGGAACUCAGUCGGCUCUGGAAGAUAGUUGACGAGUGUCACCAUGAAACAGAGAACACCUUGCGUCAAGAACCCUGUCGUUUCUGCGGGAACAUCUGUGGAUCCUGGAAAAAGCUAACGGUGCACCUGGGGAAACACAUGGAACAACUUGCCAUGCCAGUGCUGGAACUCGCCAAACAAAGUUGUGCCGCGCCGCCGAGCCAGGUCCACCAGGUGGACAAGGCCGGCAGGUCUGCCGAAACACAAGCCCCCCUCGCAGCACAGGCACAGUUUCACCCGCAACACGAUCGCUCUGGAACGUCAGCCCAUCUCGCACGGCCACAGCCACAAUUUCCAACCAGCAAUGCUAGCGCGCCGGCUAGCCAGCCCUUCUCCUAUGAGAUCCCUCUGCUUAACUACCCGUCUAUUUCAGGCGGCGAACUAUCAAUGGAGCCGGAGUCGAUUACCGAUUCUCUCCAGCCCGGCGAUCCUCAAUUCGCAGGUGCAGGAUACAUGAACCAGUUCGGCCAAGGCACGCUCCACCCGCAAGCCCAGACCCACCCCCUGCAUCAGAACUCGGUGACGUACCCACCGCCAUACAACGCGGUCCCGCGCUCGAGGACGCCUGAAGCGAACGCUGCCAUGCUGCCGCACUCGUAUUCCCUCAGUUCCCACCUUGAAGGCUCGCUCUACCCCGCCACGGGUUAUCCGGCAUACCAGCCCGUGGCUCCCAACUCCCCCUACACGACGGGGCCCUAUACCUCCAGCUACUCCAGCUAUUCCUCUCAGAUGUGA